GGCUAGUUUGGUGAAACGAGGCACUUAUUGUCGGAAAAACGCAGCGCUCGCGAGUCGGCAGGCGGCGCUCGGCGGCGCUUCGCAGUUCGCAGGAAAACCGGUGCCAGAGCGGACCAACCUGCGAGAGAACGGAGAACGCGCGCGCUUGCGGCGGGCGUCGAUGCUUCGUGAGCCCGAGAAACACACACAAAAUCGAUGUGUGCGGAAGCGUCGCGACGCGCGCACCACUCCCUCGCGUAGCCACAUUGGCACAUUGUAAAUACAUAAACAACUAGCGCGCCGAAUUUUUGUUUAUUUAUAUUUCGCAUUAAAACGCCGCGGCGGUAGCGCGCAGCAGCGAGAGCAAGUGCGCGAACAAGUGUUGCCAAAAAACACGUAUCGUACAAGCAAGACAAAAAAAAACAGACACCUACACACAACGUAAAGCUCCUUGAACAGCAGAUACUCCCUCACAACAGCUCCAGCGAUGGCCGAGGACGAGUUGAACGAUGAUGCGACGGACAUCAACGCGAAAGGAGGUUUCCGGUCUCGCGGCCGGAAAGGCGCGCUCAAGAAGAAGAAUAUCUACAAUGUCAAGGAUCACAAAUUCAUGCCGAGGUUCUUCAAGCAGCCGACAUUCUGUUCGCACUGCAAGGACUUCAUUUGGGGUUUCGGCAAGCAGGGAUACCAAUGCCAAGUGUGCAGUUUUGUCGUGCAUAAAAGAUGCCACGAGUACGUCACGUUCACGUGCCCCGGCGCGGACAAGGGCGCCGAUUCGGACGACACGCGCACGAAGCACAACUUCAAGCCGCACUCGUAUUCGUCGCCGACGUUCUGCGACCAUUGCGGCUCCCUGCUCUACGGUGUCCUGCACCAGGGGAUGAAGUGCACAGCCUGCGAUAUGAACGUGCACAAGCGAUGCGAGGAAACCGUGCCGAAUCUCUGCGGCUGCGAUCACACCGAGCGUCGUGGUCGAAUGCAAUUAAAAAUCAGCUGCAGUGGCAACAAGCUUACAAUCGAAGUGUGCCAAGGCAAGAACCUCAUACCGAUGGAUCCCAACGGCUCCAGCGAUCCGUACGUCAAGCUGAAAUUAAUCCCCGAUUCGGAUAAUGUCAAGAAGAAAACCAAGACGAUACGCUCGUCGCUCAAUCCCGUGUGGAACGAAACGUUGACAUUCGACCUGAAGCCGGAGGAUAAAGACCGCCGUUUGCUAAUCGAGAUUUGGGACUGGGAUCGAACAUCGCGCAACGACUUCAUGGGUUCGAUGUCUUUUGGCAUCUCUGAGCUGAUAAAGUCGCCGGUCAGCGGCUGGUUCAAAUUGUUGACACAGGAGGAAGGCGAGUUUUAUAACGUGCCGGUGCCAGAGGAGGGCGUCGACAUGGCACAAAUUAAAUCCGCGAUGAGGAAAACUUCCAUCACGAAGAAGCCGUCGCUGGCUGAAAACAAGGACGUGCCGCACAACAUGGGCAAGAAGGAUGUGAUUCGUGCGACUGACUUUAAUUUCCUAAUGGUGUUAGGCAAGGGCUCUUUCGGCAAGGUGAUGCUUGCUGAACGUAAAGGUACCGAUGAGUUGUACGCUAUCAAGAUACUCAAGAAGGAUAUCAUAAUUCAGGACGACGAUGUUGAGUGCACGAUGGUUGAGAAACGUGUUUUAGCUUUGUCUAAUAAACCACCAUUCCUGGUACAAUUGCAUUCCUGCUUUCAAACAAUGGAUCGGCUCUACUUCGUAAUGGAGUACGUCAAUGGCGGCGAUCUCAUGUUCCAGAUUCAGCAGUGCGGCAAAUUCAAAGAGCCGGUCGCUGUUUUCUACUCGGCUGAAAUUGCUAUCGGAUUGUUCUUCUUGCAUAGUCGAGGUAUUGUGUAUCGUGACUUGAAGUUAGACAACGUGUUGCUCGACCAGGACGGGCACAUUAAAAUCGCAGACUUCGGGAUGUGCAAGGAAGGUAUUCUUGGUGACAAGACCACUAAGACGUUUUGUGGAACGCCCGACUACAUCGCGCCGGAAAUAAUCCUCUAUCAGCCGUACGGAAAAUCCGUCGACUGGUGGGCGUACGGCGUUCUGUUAUACGAGAUGCUUGUCGGCCAACCACCAUUUGAUGGCGAGGAUGAGGAGGAGCUGUUUGCCGCCAUUACCGAUCACAACGUUAGCUAUCCUAAAGGACUCUCUAAGGAAUCCAAAGACGUGUGCAAAGGCUUGUUGACGAAAAAUCCGACGAAGCGUUUGGGUUGCGGCGGACAUGGCGAAGAAGACGUCAGAGGACACGCUUUCUUCCGUCGCAUUGAUUGGGACAAGAUUGAAAACAGGGAAAUUCAGCCACCGUUCAAGCCAAAAAUCAAACAUCGCAAGGACGUAAGCAAUUUCGAUAAGCAAUUCACCUCGGAAAAGACGGAUCUCACGCCCACGGACAAACUAUUCAUGAUGAACUUGGACCAAACUGAAUUUAUGGGAUUCUCGUUCUUGAAUCCCGAGUUCAUUCAGCAUGUUUAAACGGUCAUGGGUGAGUGCAACGGACAGACCCAUUAAUACACGCAUUCGAUACAAUCUUGUGUAAGACGUAUUGACGUCUAUUCUCAAUUCUACUAGUUUACGAAGCCAUUACACGAAAUUAUAAUUGCAGCGUGACUUCGGUUCCAAAAUGAAGAAUGUUGUAGACGUGUAGAGAGCAUUGACAAUGGAAAAGGUCAAGUCGAAUUUAACAUUUCGAUCACGUUCGUUUACCAACAGUAAUGUAUUAAUCAUCCUGUUAUUAAGGAAGUGUGCGCGGCUGAUUUCCUAUGUUAACGUUUAUUUUAUCUGUUUUGUGAUAAAAUUGCGACUUGAUAUGCGGCGAUAACCGUAGUCGAGUGUGCGGUCGCGUUUCGAGUGGACGACUCAAUUAAUUUAAUUAUUUAAAUGACGCAUCAUAUUUAGGAACCAGGCGAGCAGCUAGUCAUGCAUUUGAAUUGACCUUAAUUCCUUCGUUUUUGCUCUACAUAACCUUUCUAAACUGUUAUAAGACUUCAAAAAUCGUUACGAUUUUCUAUGUCGCCCAAACUCAAGUCAUUGAUGGAUAUUAUUCCUACCUUGUUGAUUAUGCUACGCUUGAAUGAUGAAAUUGUACACGGGACAGAACUAGAAUCUUUCAAAUCUGCAAAUCAGUACACGCAGUCUGUUUGGUGUAUUGUUAAAUCAUUCAAUAAGUAAUUAUACUAUACUAUAAAUAUUACAUUUGUUACAAAAAAGAGACUUAAAAAGAACAAAAAAAAAUCUCAUGCGUAAUUGGACAUCUUUCUCAAUGUGCCAUUGAUAAUAAUUAUUUCUAUCAAUAAUAAACUAAUCUAAUAUAUAUAAUACGCAUACAUAUUCAAACAAAAACUAAACAUAUAUUAUAUAUUUAUUAAUUUAUAAGACGCCAGUCAUUAGAAGCAUUUCAAUGCUUGCUGUCAAUGCAGACAUCGUUGUUCAAUUGUGAGUAUUAACACACUAUUUCGGAAUUGCAUUUCUUCUAGCAUAUAUCGACUGUUCCAGAAAAUCAGUUGCCGUGUAUUAUAGAUAUUUGCUAAUUCAAUUUGAACUUUAAUUAAAUGGGCAAAUAUAGUGCAGAUAGUUUAGAUGGGCAAAAUCGAUGAUUACUUUCGCGAAUAACGAGGGCCAAAGAAAUAGUUGGGAAAUCAAUCAUUUUAUGUCGUCGGUAACUCAAUUUUUGGAACACUCUGUGCAUUUUAACAGAAAUUCCAUGUCGACCAGCCGUCGAACAUCGAGCAUAGUUGGCGUUUACCUAUUUGAUUGCACAACGCAAUAAAACGAUAUCAAAUGAAACCGAAAUGAUAACCAAAAAAUAAGCAAAAACAAUGACAAAAUCAAACUGAUUGCUCUGUCUAUUUCAAGUGAUAUUCAAAGUUAGUGAAUAGUGAAUAUAUUGGUAUUAGAUAUGUAAUUUAAAAGACACUCUCUAUGCUAACCGAACAUUAUUAUUCAUUCAAAAUAAAUUUAAAGAAACGAUACACUCACAGCAAGAACUAGUUUGUAUUAUGUCAAGUAUUUACGAUACUACAAAGUUGGCAUACGUAAUUGUGCCAUUACCGUAACAAUUCUAAGUUCAAAUAUCAUUAGUCAUGUGGUAUAAGUUACUUGUUUCCAUACACAUAUUAAUAUGUCCAGUAAUGUAUAAAUUAUACUUCACCAUGAAUAGUGGACAUUGGCAACCAAGCACGGACAUGUUCGACUUGUGCAGAAUCACACACUCAUCGGAAAUGAUAUUUGUUCAACCAAGGUGCGUAUGAAUUUGAAGAUUCACGAGUCGGAAGAGCAAUAUAUCACGCUAUCGAUGUCUAGUUCAAUUAGAUAUAUUUGAAUACUCAGUUUAUCUCGUCUCUUACAAUUUGUGAAAACAUGGCGGAUAUUUGCGCAGACUUAUUGCAAACAUUAUAUAUUAAUGAAAACCAAAUAUGUACUCUUCUCAAUUCUUCCAUAUUUCGUAGUUUGGUUCGUAUAAUACCUUAGUAACCUGUUAUUUGUAAGUUUUAUCAUAAAAUAAGAAACUCAAUGAAAGUAGUAGUCCCUUUCAUGGCUCGUCGACUUUAUGCAUUGCAUAUACACUUGUAAAUACUUAUAAGAUGCGAGAAGACUUUCGUUUUGAGAGAGGAUUGCAUCAUGCACUUUGAAGACUUCGAUCGUAUUGCCGCCCGCCCCAAUUUCGAAAUGCAAAAUGUAUUCUAAACGUUUUAACGUAAAACUCACAAUGUAAACAACAAGUUGACUAACUAUUACAGGGACUUACUAAAAUCGUAUACAAAUGAAUUGAAAGAAACAUAAAAAAGAACUCCCCAAACUAUAUAUUUAUAUAUCAAGUCUACUCUAUUGCUACUAUGUAACUUAUUUAUACUACUCUUGUUAUCUCCAAUGAAGUACGUUUAUUUAUUACUCUUGUAUAAUGUAUGUGACGACAUUUCGACAUCAACCAAACCAAAAUAUCGAUUGCACCUGUAACAAGAAUCUUUUCAUUGUGAACAAAAUUUGCCAGCAUAGGACAAUCUUAUUGCAAGUCGAAUGUUAUAAAGAUAAUUCGUAAAUUAUUAUUCUUACAUAUGUAUUUAAUGAGAAUAUGAUUGUAAUAUGUAUUAUUAAUAAUUCCUAUGUGUCGAAUAUUUGUAGAGACGUUAGUGCACCGGACUUCAAAUUUAUUCAAAAAUAACUCAUUCAAUGGAAAAUAUUUCUGGUUUGUUUUCAUUCCAAAUUUUGCUGAUACCUGUUUGUCGUGAUUCUCAACUUUGCGUAAAGCAUCAAAGCAAAAUAAUAAAAAUCGCCAUUAAAUUAUUGUUGUUAACAUUAAAUAACACGUUCGUAUGAAACAUUCUUUAAGUGUUCCUUUUAAUUAUUGUUGAUUAUUUAUUGCUAAAUAUAUGACUACUGUUAAUUCUUAUACUAA